GAGGGAGCUCUCUCUUUCAGGGUGUGGCAGACGUCGCUUCGCUACCAUCGCUGUUUGAGGCCGUGUUGCGUCUGUGUAACAAAUAACAUAUUCAGCCGUUCUCCGUGAACAGUAGAACAUCAAGAGCACGAGCAAGGUCUGCUGAUGUAAACAUUUGCGUUUGGAACUGUAUUAAGGUAAUGAAUUAUUAAGACCUUCGUGGUGGGUGAGCCAAUAUACCCAGCACCAACUGCAACAAGCACACUGAUCCACCAGGCAAGUGCCAGGUGGUCGCGUGAUAGUGGCAAUAAAGUGUUGUGUGAGCAACGAUGGUGAAUGUGGCGUGCGGGAGUGUGGUGGUGAUGGUAGUGGUAGCGGCCACUACCAUACUGACCGCAGGCUUCAACCUGGACGUGGAGGACCCGACUGUGUUGCAACCUUCACACCAACACAUCAGCUUCGGCUUCUCCCUGGCCCAUCUCUACGACGGCUCCGAGAGACGGCUGCUGGUGGGCGCCCCGCGAGCCAACACCAGCGAGGACCAGCCACGCCAGGGGGCGCUCUACUCCUGCAGCCUGGAGCCUGAGAUCGCUGGGUGUGAGCAGCUUGAGGUGAAGCAAGGCAAAUAUAAGCCCUGGAUCUAUAAGGAUAUCCAGGAUGAUCAAGGUCUUGGCUUCUCCUUGGCUUCUGACGGCAAAGAAAACAUUGUGGUGUGUGCUCCUCGGUGGCACGCGUAUGAGCCGAAGGGAAGCAUGCUCAUAGACUUGCCACUUGGGAUAUGUUUCGCUAAGAAGGGACAUGCAUCAGAGUUUGAGGCAUUCUCACCACCCUAUGACUGGUCAAAAGUGUCAUUACUGAGUUACUUGACGGAUGGUUCGUGUCAGUUUGGCCUGAGUGUCGCUCACGUCACGGAUCAAAGUUCUUUCAUAUUUGGAUCUCCUGGAUGCUUGAACUGGCAAGGUGAUGCUUGGGAGAUUGAUUUAAACCAACCCGUGACAAACAUCACGUCCCUGCACCGUGUCAACCAGCUGUCUCCCAGUGAUGUGGACCUGGGCUACCGUACGGGCUCUAAUAUAAACUUCACUGUGGCUAAUCUAUAUCUUGGCUACAGUGUGGCAAGCAUCAAUUACAGAGGUGUCGCUGCCAUAGUCUCUUCAAUGCCUCGGACUAUAAGCACCAGGAAUCUUAUUGUUGAGGAUGAAUACCGGAAUGCUGUGCUUGGUCCCAUUAUCUACAUACUUCAGCAGGAUCCUUACAACCAGUUUAAACUUAAAGUUCUUGAUAAGAUUAAACCAACAUUGACUAAUAAUAAGAAAACAGAGGACAUCAAGUUCACCUUCUUUGGGUAUUCUCUGGCUACUGUGGAUGUGAACAGUGAUGGUCUGGAGGACAUUGUUGUUGGCGCUCCCUUCUACAGCUCUGGAAAAAAUGACCAGGGUGCGAUCUUUGUGUACAUGCAGAAUACCUUCUCCCUGCCUGGUGAUAUUAACCAACAGUUGGAAUAUGAGAUGGUCGAGGAAGAAGAUUCAGCUCCCAGGGUGGGUGCUGAACCCAAUGGCCGCUUUGGCACCUGCAUUGCUGCUCUUGGAGACAUCGAUAACGACGGCUACCAAGAUAUAGCAGUUGGAGCUCCAUUUGUGCCAGGUGGUGGCGCAGUAUACAUCUACAUGGGCUCAAAAGCUGGACUUGAAAAAAAAUAUCAACAGAUCAUCCGUGCAUCAUCCCUGUCAACACCAAUGGCACUCUCGGGAUUUGGCUUUUCAAUAUCCCAACGUUUACCAGGAGAUUCAGGACUGGGAUAUGACGUAGCUGUAGGAGCUCACACAUCUGAUGUAGUGUUGGUGUUCAGGUCUAAAGUAGUGCUAAAUAUGACCUGGAGUCUGACCUUCGCCAGCAACAUGGACCUAACAAAGAAAGACUGUAAAUAUAAAGAAGAUUGGUAUUCCUGUGUCAGCGCCACUGUCUGCAUCCUUUAUCACAAAAUAAAUCCAAGCAAUAUCAACCCGCAGAAUUUAGAAUUCAGUGUCUUCCUGACUGCGGACAAGGCAAAGCAGCGUCUCUUCUUCUCAUCAGGUUUAGCACAGCUAAACGACACAGUAACGAGAGUAGAGGAAGACAGCCUAAAAUGUCAAGAGUACAUAAUCUUGGCUAAGGCAAAAUUUGAUGAUGUGGUGAGGCCGUUCCCAAUUCAAGGAGAAAUAAACCUUGUGAAUACGGAUAGCAAGGUGAUGUUGAGCCCACACUCUGAGCGCUUGCUGGAGAAGGAGUUGGACAUCGUCUUACACUGUGUUAGUGAAGAUGUUAUGGACUGCCAGAGUGAUAUUAGAUUAACUUAUAAUGUCCCAAGGAACUACACACUGAUGGCUCCAGAGCCCAUUGAGAUCUCCUUCCAAGUGGAGAACCUCGGAGAGACGGCAUAUAACACUCAACUUCUGAUUGAAACAUUUGGCUAUUUAAGCUUCACAAGUUCAACAAAUCCCAACUCGUGUCAGCCAAACAAUAUGUUAAAAAGGAUUGAGUGUGACAUUGGCAUCUUAUUCACUACAAACUCCAAGGUGGACUUUAAUCUGUACGUGACUCCUUCUACAAGUUUCUUCAGUUCUCUGGAAACUCAUGACACAUUCUUCAACAUCACAGCCACUGUGAAAACCUCCUCUGCAUUAUCCAACCCUGAUGAGGCAGUCAAAGCUUUCCAAAUUCCAAUAAAAGUGGUAGCAUCAUUAGAUUUAACAAAAGAGCCUUCAGUUCCAGGCGUCGUAUACUACAACAGUUCCUCCUACUUCAAAGCACCUUCAGAAGCCACGUCUCAGGAAGAGCUUGGGUAUGAAAUCAAACACAAGUACAAGAUCUUUAACAGGAAUAAAUUUUCUAUCUAUGAGACAGAAUUUACUUUAAUGUGGCCACUCAAAAUUGAUGGAAAGUAUCUCCUUUACCCCAUGGAGUACCCAAUCAUCACAGGAAGCAGGCCUGGUCACUGUGUCUAUACAGGUGACAAAAUUAAUCCUUACAAUUUACUCGGAAAUUCAUCCACUAAAGGUUAUGAGGAAUAUAUAGAUACGAAAACUCUUGCAAAAUCAGGCAGGAGUGUUCCAGAGUCAAUACUGCCAGGCAAAACUACAGAGUAUGUGCUCUUUAACUGCUCUUUUGGAAGACUUGAGGAGAAAAAGGAGCUGUAUAUUGAACUCAGAUUUCGCUUGGUACUAAGAACAAUAGGAGAACUGGAAGUGGGACGGGACUUGCAGAACGUGUCCUCCAGGGCAGAGCUCAGGAUAUUACAAGUCCCUCUUGGUGCCGACCCACCUGGCGCUUCCUAUGUGUCUUCAGUCUUCACCGAGAUAUCAUACAAGGGCGAUACACCAAACUUUGCUGUUAAGUGGUGGGUGUACCUAGUGUCGAGCCUGGGUGGCCUGCUCUUGUUAGUCCUCAUCGCUCUUAUCAUGUGGAAGUUUGGGUUCUUCAAGCGCAAUCGUGUUGAAAGACCUGAGAAUGUGGCUCAAAAGGAAAAUGCAGAUGAUGAUGAUGGUAAUGAAGAUGGUCCCGAGGAGAUGGUAGUGACGCCUCAUACUCCAAUGAUGAACAUGACAGAGUGUGCCAAUGACGACUUCGAGUUUAACUGAUCUUAAUUCAUUGUCCCUAAUUACUUUGUCAUUCCAUUCAUCAACAUGUGAAUCCCACAUAUGUAGGGGGAAAAAUGGACAAUAAGAUCAUUAUUGCAAACUAAUAUGAGCAAGAUAAUUAAUGUUAUAGCAUCAUAUUAGUCAUAACGUGAAGUGUAAACAUCCGAGUUGUCCUUUCACGCUAGGAAAGCCAUGCCAUCUUUGUCAUGAUGAGAUAGCCAAGCCAAGUCCGCUAGUCACGAGGAGCUAGCAAAGUCAUGCAAUCUUUGUCAUGAUGAGCUAGCCAAGCCAAGUCUGCUAGUCACGAGGAGCUAGCAAAGUCAUGCAAUCUUUGUCAUAAUGAGCUAGCCAAAUCAGUGUCAUGUUUAUGAUGAGCUAACCAAGCUAUGCCAGUAUGCCGUGAUGAGCUUGCCAAGCCAGUGCCAUCUUGUCAUAAUAAGCUUAUCAAGCCAGUGUCAUCUUGUCAUGAUGAGCUAGACAUGCCAGUGCCAUCUUAAUGCUGAGAUGGCCAAACCAGUACCAGUUUGUCAUGAGCAUAAGAAUAAAGGCAACUACAGAAGGCCUAUUGGCCUAUAUGAUGCACUCCUAUUUAUAUCCACUGAAACUCAUUCAUAUAUAUGUCAAACCUACAUUUGAAACAAUCUAUCAAUCACACAUCUAUUAUGUUGACAGGUAACUUGUUCUAUAAAUCAACAACAGUGUUUCUAAACCAGUAUUUUUCCAGGUCUUUUCUGAUUUUAAACUUAUCCAAUUUAUAUACUGUACAUUGUUUUGGGUUCUAUUUUGUGCUCAUGUUUAAAAAACUUAUUUUCAUCCUCCUUUUUUAUGUUAUUUUACCUAUUUACCUAAGGAGUGACAUGAUUGAAGUACUGUAUUUAUAUACUGUACUUCAAUCAUGUCACUCCUUACUCUUCAAAUUUUCACACAUAUGAAUUACGUUUUUACAUUUCUCUUCAUAAAAGGUUUCUAAUUCCUAGGAUUAUCUUUUCAUCUUUUUCGUUAUAGAUUUAAUUAAAUUUAUUACCAUUUUAUAGUAUAGAGACUAAAACUGAACUGCAUAAUCUAAAUGAGGCUUAUCAAUGGUAAGAUAAAGAUGAAGAAUAAUAUUUGUUGUAUUUUUGCUAACGUUACUCGAAAUAAAUCUCAGUGUUCUAUUUUCCAUUAUUCCAUACAUUUAUGCAUUAAUAUUUUGGCUUAGGAGCAAUACUAAUGACUCUAUGAUCUUAUUUGUAUUCUGAUUUUGAUAUUUCAACAUUGUUCAACAGAUAUUUGGGAACUUUUAUUUUUAUUACUUAAGCUCAGAACCCAACAUAUUUUUUCAGCAUUAAACUGUAUCUGCGAAGGCUUCAUUCAUUUUAAAUCUGAUUUAUAACUUAUUAAAGAAAUUUUGUCUUCA